GAGACAUACUAAACAACCUCCAGCUCUGGCUUGAUAAGCUUAUAUGACCACUGCUUUAGUUUAUGUAAAUUUUGUGGGCAUAAACAUUUGUGAUCCAAGAUGUUAUGGAACAUCUAGCACUUGUUGGCAUUCACCCGUUUUUCCAGGGAAUUUUGCAUUUGCAAGAUUUACAUAUGAAGGAGGAAUCAAUGGUGAUGGAGGCUCACGGAAAAGGCGGUGUAUAAUAAUACAACAUAUAACAUAUAACGUUACUUACAACCAGAGGGGCUCUGCAGCCCCGGAGGCUCCUCUGCGGCUGCGGCCAUUCAGACCAGAAACAACACUCAGACACGGUUGUGGUGAAACUCAGACCCCGACUCACUCCAGGACAUCCACAGUUGUCAGGCUUCUCUUUGUGAGCGUUUCAGGUAGAUGGGGCUCUGUGUAAGUUAGACAAAAAUACCUCAUUUACAGCAACAGCCACAAUAUUGACAACAACCACGUUGACUGGCUCUACUAAUGGAGCUGAUCUGAAAAUAAAAAGGCAACUGACUGAUGACUAAGGCAGCGUGACACCUUCUCCCUGAUUGGCUUCCUCUGGAUCACCUAGACAAAUAAAAAGGCCAUCAAUUGAGAUGCCAUUUAGCAGAUCCUUGGUUUUCUGGUGCAGGUUUAACAAUGACAGGGCUGGUCUGCUGCCUUGUGGGAUUACUGCUGGGAGGGCUCUGCUCUGCCUUACCAGCAGGAAGAGAGUUUGCCACAUCUUUCAUGCAAAACCUUGGGAGUGAUGGUAGGGAUACUCGUUUCUUGGUUGAGGUUGCAGCUCUGCCCUCUUCACAAGGCAGCACCAAGGUCAAGGUGACUGCUGUGGGUGGGGUCUAUGAGAGGGAAAUAAAUCCUGGUAAGAGUGUUUCCUUCAAGCUACCCGACAGUGUAGAGAUGAAAGGCAGCAAAAAGUCCCGUCAGGCUGUGCUGAUCGAGGCUAGCCAAGAUGUCACUGUAAUGUCUCUCAACUAUAAGAAAUUCACGGCAGACACCUCUGUGGUUUACCCAGUGAAGGACUGGGGGACUGAGUAUGUCAUAUUCACUCCCUACAGCUCUCAGACAGGCACCUUUAAAGAAUUUUCUAUCACCAACCACAAGGCUCCCAACUCUGUUGAGAUUUUCCUGCAGGGCUCUGUCAGAUUCCAAGGGAAAUAUUACAGGAGAGGAAGCAAGGUGACCAUAAAGCUAGAGGCAUUUGAGACUGUUCAGAUCCAGAGUCAGGAUGAUCUGAGUGGUACUAAAGUAGUCUCAAUCCUUCCUGUUGCUGUCACCUCUGGACAUAGCUGUUUUCAGAAGUACACCUCCUGCAACCAUGUGUAUGAACAACUUCUUCCUGUAAACAGCUGGGGAAAAGAAUUCAUCAUUGCGCCUUUACCUUAUCAUAACUUCUUUACCUUUUUACACGACAGUGUUUUCGUCCAAGCAUCCCAGCCCACCAAAAUUAGCAUUAAUGUUAAUGGACAGGUCCAGAAUUACACUAUAUUAGCAGGAAAAACUGUCGAGCUCUACUCUCAGUGGCCCCAUGCUAUGUAUUUAACAUCUGACAAGGGUAUCCAGGUCCUAUUUGAAUUCAACGGUGGCCCUGAAGAUUCACCACAGUAUUUUGAUCCCUUCCUGAUGACGAUAAUGCCCACAAAACAUUUCAGCACUUCCUACUCCCUGGCGGGACAGGGUGAUUUCUACAACAACAUCAUAGUUGUGGCUCAGACCAAAGACCUGGAUGGCAUCAAUAUUGACCCCAAGCCACAGUCUGCUAACUUCAAAUGGCAAAAAGUAGAUGGGACUGAUUUCUCCUGGGCUGAGAUAUACUAUAGCACUGGGGAAAACUCUUAUCAGAUCUCUCACCCCAGCUCUUCAUUUGGAGUCUACAGUUUUGGUGUUACUUAUGCUAAUGGCUAUGGAUCCCCUGCAGCUGCAGACCAAGCAGUGAAACAUGACUGCAGCACCAUAAAAUGUUCAGAGGAUGAAGUGUGCCAGAUGAAAGGAAACUCCCCAGCAUGUGUCAAAAAACCACCAGCCAUUAAAGCAGGUACCUGCUGGGCCAUGGGCGAUCCUCACUACCACACAUUUGAUGGCAACUACUACAACUUCAUGGGCAAUUGCACCUACACGAUGGUCAAGAACUGCCAUGUUGAUGAAGAUCACCCAGCUUUUGAGGUUGAUUCUCAGAAUAAUAAACUAGCUGAUUCAAGGGUCACAUUUGUCGGCAAAGUGACGAUCAAGGUCUACGGGUACACUAUGACCAUUGUACGAUCAGAGUUUGGUCUUGUCAGGAUGAACUACACAUUGUGGAAUCUCCCGAUCAACCUGGACAAUGGCAAGGUGAAGCUAUACCCAAGCGGCCUCUCUGUCGUUGUUGAGACAGAUUUUGGCCUGACAGUGCAGUAUGACUGGAAGGAGUAUCUUGUCAUCAAAGUCCCGGGAAUUUUUUCUGGCAAGGUGUGCGGCCUGUGUGGAAACUUCAACAGCAAAAAAGAGGAUGACUUGUUGACUCCUACUGGCUCACAGACCAGCAGUGUAUCAGCCUUGGGCAAGAGCUGGAGGGUUCCUGAUGUGCCAGAUGAUUUUCAGUGUCGAGAUGAAUGCGCAGGCCAGUGUGAAACUUGUGACAACAACAGCUUUUUUGACAGCCUGGCUGACAGGAUGUUCUGUGGUCUUCUCAGCAAAAUCAUGGGUGGACCGCUCAGUGACUGUAAUGCUGUCAUUGACCCCAAAGUCUUACAUGAGAUGUGUAUGUAUGAUGUGUGCAUGGGUGAGGGGAUGCAGAACUUCCUGUGUAACACCUUGCAGGUGUAUGCCGAUGCCUGUCAGAGGGCCGGCAUCAAAAUUUAUGACUGGAGACACCUCGCCCGUUGCUCUCCACCCUCAUGCCCAGAGAACAGCCAUUAUGAGUUCUGUGGGAAUGCCUGCCCUGCCACCUGUGAAAACCCAGAUGCUGCCACCAAGUGCAACAAAAGCUGUGUGGAGACCUGUGUCUGUGAUGGGGGCUUCCUGCUUAGCGGCACAAAGUGUGUCCCUAAGGGCCAGUGUGGAUGCGUAUACAGAGGCCACUACAUAGAGGCUGGAGCCUCUUUCCUUACUGAUGACCUAUGUACAGCGAGGUGCACAUGCAACCAAGCUACCAAGGAAGUUGAUUGUGAAAGACCAGGUUGUCACCAGGGGUAUGAGUGCAAGAAGGACGAUGGCCUUAUUGGGUGUCACCCGAUUUCUUAUGGUGAGUGCAGCAUGACUGGUGGCCCUCACUUCAAGACCUUUGAUGGGCAUGAUUACAACUUCCACGGCACCUGUGUGUAUCAAUUGGCUGAGGUCUGCUCAAAAGAUUCUUCCCUGCAACAGUUUGACAUUUUUGUGCAAAACGAUGCCAGUGGCAGAAGAGUUGUCUCUGGUGCAAAGUUGGUAGAGGUCAAAGUUUAUGGAUAUUCGAUUGUUGUCACAAGACAGCACAAAGGCUCAGUCCAGAUAAAUGGAGAACUUACCAACUUACCUGUCAAACUCAAAAACAUCACAGUCUACAUGAUUAGUGACGCUGUUGAGAUAAAGACUGAAUUUGGGCUGCAAGUCUCCUAUGACUGCAAUUCAAUAGUACAUGUCAAAGUUCCCAGUACAUAUGCUGAUGCCAUGUGUGGUCUGUGUGGCAAUUACAAUAGCAAUUCCAAAGAUGACCUAAAGUUGAAGAAUGGCACCCUUGCGGCGUCUGCAGAGGAACUAGGAAAAAGUUGGAGGGUCGCCGAGAUCCCAGGCUGUGUUGAUGGCUGCAACAACAACUGUCCCAACUGUGACAUCACCCAGAAAGAGAUAUAUGAGACCGAUAAGUACUGCGGUUUAAUACGAAACCCCACAGGCCCCUUCCGCGAAUGUCAUGCCAUCAUAAGUCCUGAAGGCAUUUUUAAGAAUUGUGUGUAUGAUACUUGCCUUUACAAUGGCAAGGAAGGCUCCUGGUGUAGUCAUCUCCGCAGUUACACAAUAGAAUGCCAGAAGAAAGGAGUCAAUGUGUCACAGUGGAGGACAAACAACUUCUGUCCCAUAUCUAACAUGAUGCAUCCUAACAACAGUGUCUAUGAACACUGCGGCGAUGUUUGCCAUGCAACCUGUGACACCGGGUUGCCUCCCAUUGGUUGCAAGAGGCCCUGCCAGGAAACUUGGGUGUGCAAGGAAGGCUUCCUACUCAGUGAACACCAGUGUGUGCCUCUUAAUCAAUGUGGUUGCCUGUACCAAGACAAAUAUUAUAGGAAGGGACAGAGUUUUCUGUCAUCGGACUGCCAGCACAACUGCACAUGCACCUCUAAUGGCAUGGUGACUUGUGAGAAGCACUCUUGUGGGCCAUUUGAGAAGUGUAUGCUUACCAAGCAUGUUCGCUCAUGUCAACCAUUGGGAAAUGGAACCUGCACUAUCUUGGGUGAUCCGCAUUACACAACCUUUGACAACCAUCACUAUGACUUCCAAGGCACCUGCACCUACACCGCAGCUAAAUCAUGCCACCUGGAAGGCUCACGGCUCAAAAGCUUCUCUGUGGUAGUGGAGAAUGAGAAGUGGACAGGGACAGACGAGCCAAAUUUGUCUGUAGCCAAGCUUGUUGCCGUGGAGGUGUACGGCUACACCCUGGUCCUCCGAAUGAAUCAACUUCGAACGGUCAUGCUGAAUGGCAUUUUGACAACCAUUCCACUUAACCUCAAUGAGGGAAAAGUGGAAGUUUUCCAAGAGGGCUUUCAUUAUGCUAUCACAACCGACUUUGGCCUGAAAGUGACUUAUGAUAUGAUCUACAAAGUACAAGUCACUGUUCCUGGAAGCUACAAGGGCAAAACUUGUGGUCUGUGUGGAAAUUUUAAUGACACCAACAAAGAUGAUUAUGAGCUACCUGACGGAAAAAAGACCAACGACAGCAAGGCCUUUGGAGCAGCCUGGAAGGUGGCUGUGCCAGGGGUGGUCUGUGAUGAUGGCUGCAGCGGCAACCAGUGCCCCAAAUGUGACAGCGCACAAAAGGAAGUCUUUGAGAAAGACUGUGGAAUUAUCACAGAUCCUAAUGGUGCCUUUGCUGCUUGCCACAGCCAACUAAGUCCCGAUUCUUACUACAAAGACUGUGUCUAUGACGUGUGCAUGUCUAAGGGAGACCGCAACGUUCUCUGCCACAUCAUCUCAGCGUACAUGACUGACUGUCAGACCAUUGGAGUAAAGAUCAAAAACUGGAGGAAGCCUGAUUUCUGCUCUAUUCAGUGUCCUGACAACAGUCACUACCAGAUCUGCUCUGAAACCUGUGCCUCUCCGUGUCCUGGUCUAACUGACACCAUCACCUGCCCCACCACUUGUACUGAGGGCUGUGUCUGUAAUGAAGGCUACUUCUACAAUGGGACUGGGUGUGUUGUCCUGGAGGAUUGCAGUUGUUACUACAAUGGACGUACCUAUAAGACUGGCCAGUCUGCACUAUCUGACACCUGUCAGCAACGCAUCAACUGUACAACAUCUGGUAUCCACGUUGAGGACUUUUCAUGCAGAGCUACAGAGAGCUGCCAGUUCAAGCAUGGUAUCUUUGGAUGCUAUCCCAUACAGUGUCGAAUGGAGGCAGGAGGCUCCAUUACUAUUUUCAGUGGGCAGACCGGUACUAUCUCUGUCAUGGGGGCUUAUGAUAUUAUUGCACACUGUGAUGAAUUAUCUGCUGACUGGUUCAGGGUUGUGGCCAUGCUUCAAGAAUGCACUGCAACUGGUGUGAAGAGCGUUGUCGCUGUUUAUGUCUACUUCAAUGAGCUGACUGUCACUGUUAACGACAAACAGGAGACCUGGGUCAAUGGUAAAAAGGUGGUUCUCCCAAGCAUGCACAGAAAUAAUAUCUCUGUGAGACCCAGUGAGAAAACCAUAGUCAUCGAGCAGACGUCACACUUCCAGCUGUUUUACACCAACACCCAGGAGGUCAUUGUGACUGUUACUGACAGCAUGGUGGACAAGGUGUGCGGAGCAUGUGACAAAUUCCUCCCCUUCAGAGACACCAUGGGGUUCUCACAGGAAACAAUGCAGGAGUACAUGGGCUCAUUUUCUGCACCAGACUUCCCUACCUGUGACUUGUGAAAGAACGAUCAUCUUCUCAACAUCAAU